AUGAUGAUGAUGGCCACUCACUCUCUCAAUCUGCGUCCCACUCCACUUAGACCAAAUCUCCUCAGAUUCGAUUCAUCCUCAAAAAACCUGACGACUUGUGUAGGAAUAAGGUCCACAACCCCUCGGAAGAGGCAAAAUCUGAGCAUCAGAUCCGUAUUCACGGGAAUCGUGGAAGAAAUGGGUCAAGUGAAGGACCUUGGAUUAGCUGCCCACGGUGGAUUCGACCUCAAAAUCGGCGCCAAAGUGGUGCUCGAGGACGUGAAGCUCGGCGACAGCAUCGCCGUGAACGGAACCUGCCUAACCGUCACGGAUUUCGACUCCGAGGAGUUCACCGUCGGGUUAGCGCCGGAGACCCUGCAAAAGACUUCGCUGGAGGAGCUGGAGAGAGGAUCUCCGGUGAAUCUGGAGCGUGCGCUGCAGCCGGUGAGCCGUAUGGGCGGGCACGUGGUGCAGGGACACGUGGACGGCACGGGGGUGAUUGUUUCGAUGGAGGUUGAGGGGGAUUCGCUGUGGGUGAAGGUGAAGGCGGGUGAGGGUUUGUUGAAGUACAUUGUCCCCAAGGGGUUUGUGGCUGUGGAUGGGACGAGUUUGACGGUGGUGGAUGUGUUUGAUGAUGAGAGCUGCUUUAAUUUCAUGCUCGUUGCGUAUACGCAGCAGAAGGUGGUGAUUCCCACCAAGAAAAUUGGACAGAAAGUGAAUUUGGAGGUUGAUAUCAUGGGGAAAUAUGUUGAGAGGCUUCUCACAACUGCCGGCUUUUCCGUGAACACGCCACAGGUAAACUACAAAGCUUAG